AUGGAUCACAUAAUGUCCGAUGCCAGUGACACUCAACGGCGACGCCAACCGUUGGGAGAUGUGUCAAGCCGCAUGAACAACUCUAGGUCAUCAAAUGUUGAGACACCGCACCGGAGGGUCGAAGAGUCCGAGAAAUUGAAGAGUCCUGACCAAAUGUCCUUGUUUCUGACCCCGACUCCAACGAGAAAUAAAGAGAAUGAGCAUCUCUCCCCGGGAAACGAGCUGCAGUACGACUCCGCUCGCAACUCGAUCAUGUCUGCGACAUCCCGUCUGUCUAGCAAAGGAAAGAGAAAGACACAUGUGGGACCAUGGCAGCUCGGAAGAACACUGGGAAAGGGUGCAACGGGACGGGUUAGAUUGGCCAAACAUGCCGUCACUGGAGGCACGGCCGCGAUCAAGAUCGUCUCGAAGAAGUCAGCCGCGAUGGUUCAGAGUGAAAGUAUUGCUGCAAUGGAUCGCAAUGCGGCGAAUUUUGCUAGCAACCCAACCACCCGACAAAUGCCAUGUGGUAUUGAACGGGAAGUAGUCAUCAUGAAGCUGAUUGAGCAUCCGAAUGUGAUCAGUUUGUAUGACGUUUGGGAAAACCGUGGAGAAUUGUAUCUCGUGCUUGAAUACGUCGAAGGAGGAGAGUUAUUCGAGUAUGUGCACAACAAUGGACCGCUUCCUGAAGAAGAAGCCGUGCGAUUGUUUCGACAGAUCAUUGCCGCUCUUGGAUAUUGCCAUCGUUUCAAUAUCUGCCACCGUGAUUUGAAGCCAGAAAACAUCUUGCUUGACUCCCAGCAUAAUAUCAAGUUGGCUGAUUUUGGCAUGGCCGCCCUCCAACCCGCGGGUCAUUGGUUGAACACAUCGUGUGGUAGCCCUCAUUACGCGGCACCAGAGAUCAUUUACGGCAGAAAGUACCGUGGAGAUAGAGCUGAUAUGUGGAGCUGUGGUAUCAUUCUUUAUGCUUUAUUGACUGGUUACCUGCCCUUCGACGGUGGAGACCUUGGAAGUACCUUGCGCCUUGUCAAGAAGGGCCAGUACAUGAUUCCUUCAGAGCUGAGUGCCGAGGCCGCUGAUCUGAUCCAGCGUAUACUCCAAAAACGCCCAGAAGACCGGAUCUCCAUGAAGAACAUUUGGGUGCACCCACUGUUUACCAAGUACGAAAAGCUUCACGAUGCGAUGCUCGACCACUACGUCGGACCCCCUCCACCUUUGUCAGUGAAGGAUUGUGGACAAGCACUGUCUUGUACACAGGAAAUUGAUAUGGAUAUUCUGCGUAAUUUGCAAACGUUGUGGCAUGAUGUGAGGCCAGAAGACCUGGUUCACAGGCUACUAUCCCUCGAAGAGCGAAGGCCCACGCAUGAGCGAAUGUUCUACAAUUCCUUGGCCAAGUUCCGAGAUGAACAACUUGAGAACUAUCAAGGACAGCCUCUUGAGUACUCCGCUAGUGAUUACCACCACAUCUCCCGGCCCGGUGGCAGAGUCCGUCGGGGCCGCAGUCAGACAGGACAAGGCAGCUCUAAGAGUCGCGCUCAAUGUCCUCAUGUGAGGCAGUUCCCUCCCCGCGUGAGUUCUAUGAGGGAACCAAUGUCAUGUGGCACCAUGGAAAGCUAUGAUCCGUACCGGUCUCCCAAGCACCACGGCGCAAACCCGGAACCACAAUACGCCCAGAUAACAGUCCACCGAGAACCCCUCGAGGAAGCUACGGCUAUUUUGUCCUCACCAAGAGUCAAGCCACCCCCUUCGAUCCUGGAGGAAGAAGAGCCAGAAGAAUCGGAUGGCAUGGAAAACUCUCCAUACACCGUCCUCCAAAAACGCAAGCACGGGCCCAGCUCUAUGAAAUCUUUCCAGUCCUCCAAGGUGCUACCAUCUAGCUCUCGCGCUCGUGGAUUGUCAACACAUUCCAUGAGCUACCGUCGCAAUGUUUCUUUCCGACAUGCACGAAAUCGCUCCCAUGGAUCAACGACUGCUAAGCCCAAGAAGAGAAAGAUUACUGCUCCGACCCUGCAAACGGAUCUAAAGCGGUCCCCUAGCACCUGCAGCUUGCAAAUAAUGGCGGGGCGCAUGGAUAUUCCUGAUAUGCCUAGUAGCCCCCCGCUUCCAGCUCAACCGACAGUAGUUCGAGCCAGUGGCCCAAAGGUCAAGAGCUUGCAUCAAGUCAGGAAACUCCGUGAAUCGGAUUACACCUGGAGGGAAGACGCUCGGCAGGUCUCCCAUGAGCUCAGUCAGAUUUGCGAGGAGGCUUUCAAUGGAAGUUCUGUCACAACGAUCCGCACCACCAGUGCUGCCUCUGGCUAUGAAACACCGCCAACUCCGGUAUCCAUGGCAAGCCCUGAGAAAUUUACACCUACAGCGACAAUCUCAGUAAUGGAACCAUCAAAAGACUCAAAGAAUGCCCCUAGUAUUGCGGAACUUAUUGAGACACGGCGCAGGCUCGUUGAGCACAGCCAUGGCCGAACGGAUAAUAUUCCCGCCCACCUCUCGGGUGUCAUCACCCAUCUCGACCGCUUGAUCCAAGAAGAUCAAGCCCGGAGUGCAGGGAGAACCUUGGAUAUAGGGUCUCUUCAAGAUCCCUUCGUCAAUUCUUCAGACCAGAUCCCGCGCCCUGCUAUCAAUCCGAACUUUGCCAGCGCUGUCCAUGCGCCAUGUGAUGUCAGUCCAAAGCACUCCCAGAAGCAACACAUCUCCGUCGCAACAUCCCAAGGGGGCGAUGCAAAGGGAACGAUUAGAAUGGUUCCAAACAGCUCCCUACGGUCCCUAGAGGAAGUCAAGCCCCUGACCAUUCGGAAAAAGAACACUGCCAAGUCCACACUUUCUGAUGUUCACGACUUCUCCAUGGGUGACGUGUUGGGUAGUGACCUGAACUUCGCCAGUGGAUCCCGACACGUGGGCCAGCCCGGUAACCUGACACCAAUUCAAGAAAUCCCUCUAUCCCCGAGGAAAAGCGUCACCGGUCGGGGUCCGGAGGGUAAGAAAUGGUCAUGGUUCAAGCAUCGCCCUCAAAGCUCUGAUGCCACUCCUACACAUGAGCCCAAGCCCCAGAUCAUAAUUCCUAGUGGCGAUACCACGGUACAUAAGCCAAUUACCCUUGAGCCAGCGGCCCCUUCGGCACCACAACAGUCGCAGCGGGCCACAACCCGCAAGACGUCGAUGGAUCGAUUUGGCGGAGGAUUCUUGAAGAAGCUCAUGACUAAAAAGUCCACCAAGCACACCCAAGAGCCUACCACUGGUGAGCGCAAACAUGGAACCUCCCGGAGCAUUGCUAACCAGUCGAUAGACGUAAGCCUAGACCAUGAAACUACACCGACAAAGGAUGAUCAUCACCCCUCCCUGAUGUGCAAGGGCAUUGCAGACACAGACAGUUCAAUUGAGGGUGAUGAUCAGCAACUCCCUUUCCGCAAUAAGCGCCGCUCAAUUGCCAACCACAACUGGUUUGCCCGUGUUUUCCAAAUCAAACCUGCUACGCAAGUCAUUGCAUUGAGCACCUCCAGAGCCAAGGGACGCAAGGAGCUAUACAAGCUUCUUCGGGAGUGGCAGGACUUUGGCAUGGAGGAUGUGUACCUGGACAAGACCAACAGCAUCGUCCAUGGCCGUGUGGGCGAAGCAAACUUCCUCCAACUCCGAGAAGUUGAGUUCACCGCUGAGUUCUACACUGUCCAGAAACAUGGCCGUCCAGCCAACCUGAGCUUGGUCCGCUUCAAACAGAAGCGUGGUGCGGCGUCAUCAUUCAACAAGGUCGUUGAGACCGUCCAGAACUCACUUGUGCGUCGUGGCAUGGUUGUCGAGGACCCAGCUCAGGCCAUGGAGAUGUCUCGCAUUCUCGACUCCGUCCCUAACAGAUAA